AACCGAUUACAUGCGGACUGUUUUGAGUUUUGUGUUUUCAUUAACUGCUGCCCGCCUCUCUGAUUCGGUUGUGCGAACCUCUCUGAUCUUCCGAUUUACCCAAUAGUAUCCUUGCUACCAUGUCGAAGCCUGCCUACAAAGUCGCCGAUAUCAGUCUGGCGGAAUGGGGACGCAAGGCGAUCAUCAUUGCGGAGAACGAGAUGCCCGGUUUGAUGGCCUGCCGUAAGAAGUACGGCCCAGCAAAGAUCCUCAAGGGAGCACGCAUCACCGGCUGCCUGCACAUGACCGUCCAGACGGCAGUGCUCAUCGAGACUCUGGUGGAGCUUGGCGCUGAGGUCCAAUGGUCCAGCUGCAACAUUUUCAGCACACAGGAUCACGCGGCAGCGGCUAUCGCAGCCACCGGAGUGCCUGUCUAUGCCUGGAAGGGAGAGACAGACGAGGAGUACCUGUGGUGCAUUGAGCAGACCCUGGUCUUCCCCGACGGCCAGCCCCUGAACAUGAUUCUGGACGAUGGCGGUGACCUGACCAAUCUCGUCCAUGAAAAGUUCCCCCAGUACCUGAAGAACAUCAAGGGCCUGAGCGAGGAGACCACCACCGGAGUCCACAACUUGUACAAGAUGUUCAAGGAUGGACGUCUGGGCAUCCCGGCGAUCAACGUUAACGAUUCGGUGACCAAGAGCAAGUUCGACAACCUUUACGGUUGCCGGGAGUCCCUGAUCGAUGGCAUCAAGCGAGCCACUGAUGUGAUGAUCGCCGGUAAGGUGUGCUGCGUCGCCGGAUACGGUGAUGUGGGCAAGGGCUGUGCCCAGGCUCUGAAGGGAUUCGGAGGACGUGUGAUCAUCACUGAGAUCGAUCCUAUCAACGCCCUCCAGGCAGCCAUGGAAGGCUAUGAGGUGACCACCAUGGAGGAGGCUAGCAAAGAGGCCUCCAUUUUUGUGACCACCACCGGCUGCCGGGACAUCAUCACCGGCCAGCACCUGCUCCAGAUGCCGGACGACGCCAUUGUCUGCAACAUCGGCCACUUCGACAUCGAGAUCGACGUCGACUGGUUGAACGCCAACGCCAAAGAGAAGGUGAACGUGAAGCCCCAGGUGGACCGCUACACGAUGGCCAACGGCAAGCACAUUAUCCUGCUGGCCGAGGGACGACUGGUUAACCUGGGCUGUGCCCACGGCCAUCCCAGCUUCGUGAUGUCCAACUCCUUCACCAACCAGGUCCUGGCCCAGAUCGAGCUCUGGACCAAGUCCUCUCAGUACGCUGUCGGCGUGCACGUUCUGCCCAAGAUCCUCGACGAGGAGGUCGCCAGCCUGCAUUUGGAGAAGCUCGGAGUGAAGCUCACCAAGCUCACCGACAAGCAGGCCAGCUAUCUUGGUGUCUCCCAGACCGGCCCCUUCAAGCCCGACCACUACCGGUACUGAGCACCAGGUCCGAUCCUAAUCGCGGCAUCAAAUCCCAUAGUUAUACACCUCCUACUGUUUCCACACUUCACUGUUCGUUUAAGCUCAAAUAAAAACCCAUCUCACGUACUCUCAGCGAGAGAAAACCAA